AUGCUGCCUAAUUUUCUCAUUAAGCUCCGCAAUCUCACGAUCACCGCCGGACGGCGCCCCUACGGGCGCCUUCCUUUUUUCAUCUUUUUGCUUAUUAAGGCCAUCAAUUUUUGUUGCAAUUUCAUCAACUUCAUUAAAUUGAUUUUGAAGUUUAUCAAGAUGUUCAUCACGGAAUUUCUUACCAUCACAAUUACACUUCCCAUCUCCACAAGAUGUUUUCAAAAGCUUUUCAAGCUGAUUUACAUUACUGUGCAAACCAUUUACAAGUGCAUUUUGAACUUCCUCACUCCCACCAAUAAAUCCCGAGAGCUGUCCAGCAAGCUGACCAAGAGAGAUACGACGUUCAGCAAGAUCCUUCUUGGCUGUAUCCCUUUUAGACUCAGAGCCAUGUACUUCGGAGUAAUGGCCAUUAUACUGGGAUUGAGGGUCAAGGAGGCAGUGAGGGAGGUGGGCAGACAGGGUGAGGGAGGUGAAGGGGCGAAAGAGGACGACGGAGGAAGAAGAUGGGAUGAGAGAGGCGAUAAAGGAGGUGAAGGGGAAAGGUGGAAAAUGAGGGUUUUGGUGAAGGACGCCGACGGAGGAGGUGAGGGAGGGGGUGAGGGAGGAGGGAGCGGAGCGACCAGUGAAAGAGGAGGUAAGUGA